AUGGAGAAACUAUUCUCAUAUGGAAGAACCGUUGGAUACUUGAGUCUCAAUCGCCUCCACAGCAAAAAAAAAGGGUGCAAUUCUCAUCAAAAUUACACUCAUGUUCAUCAGUUAUUCACUGCAGAUUCUUUGGAAUGGAGUAUUUCUCUUCCUAGUGACUUAUUUGAUUCAGAUAUAGUUAAUCUAAUACUUCAUAUUCCCAUUCAUAUGAAUCAUAAAGAUAAGCUGGUCUGGUUAUUAGAGAAGAAUGGUAAAUUUUCAGUCAAGUCGUGUUACCGUAAGAUGUAUGAAGAGCUUAAUCUUAUUCAGCUGGUUGGAGAUAGAAUGAGGAAGAUCUACAAUAAUAUGUGGAAGUUACCUACUCUCCCCAGAAUUCGACAAUUCUUAUGGAAAGCCAUUUCUGAUCUUCUAGCUACAAAAGAAGCUCUUGGUCCUGGAAUUGUUGGCUCGGAUGAUUCUUACUGGAUAUGCAGCUGGUUUGAUAGUUUGUUCAAUGGUACAAUAUCUGAAUUCGAAAUAGUAAAGAGAGACAUCAUUGCUUGGAGUAUAUGGACAGAAAGAUGUGAUAAGGUGUUCCAGCAGAGUAAUUCAAGUCUAGAGAAAAUCAUCCAGAGAUGUAAUAUGCUGAUUGAAGAACAUGCAGCUAGAAAUAUCAUCAUGCCAUCUCCUUCUCACAGAGUGAAUCGUCAGAAUGUUCACUGGAUUCCUCCCUCUAUAGACUCCUUAACUAUAAAUUGUGAUGAUUCUUUUGAUUCAACUAAUAUUUCAGGAGGUAUAGGACUAAUCAUAAGGAAUUUUGCAGGUACCCAUCAAGCAACAAGGUGCAUCCACUCAAGAGGAAUCAGAAGCGCGAAGCAGGCUGAGUGUAUGGGGUUGUGGGAAGCUGUUCAAUGGGUUAAGGAGCUACGGAUGGAGAAAGUACACUUCAAGAUGGAUGCCAAAGUAAUUGUAGAUGCUGUCAACAAAGACAAUGGUUCCAUUGACCGGAGCCUGCAUCAUUUUGUUCUUGAUAUUAGAGAGUUUUAUUUCUUCAGUUCUUAG